ACAAGAUAAUGUCCGAGGUAGGAGAGAAGGAGAAAGCCCGACAUAGGUCGAAUUAAGCUUCUUCCACACGGAUAUUAAAGCACAAGAAGGCAGCGAUAGUCGUCUUGUUCGUCUCCGUCGAGCCGUCGAGGAUGUGGUGGUGGGCUGCCGUGGCGGUGGGCCUUGCUGUGGUUGUCGUGGUGGACGGCGUGGUCCGGAAGGCCCACGCAUGGUACUGGGUGGGCUCACUUGGCGCCGAGAGGCGGGCCAGGCUGCCGCCGGGGGACAUGGGCUGGCCGCUCGUCGGCGGCAUGUGGGCUUUUCUGAGAGCUUUCAAGUCCGGAAAGCCCGACGCAUUCAUCGACUCCUUGGUCGGAAGGUAUGGGCGAACAGGGCUGUACAGGUCCUUCAUGUACAGCAGCCCUUCGGUGCUGGUGACGACGCCGGAGGCGUGUAAGAAGGUGUUGAUGGACGACGUGGCCUUCGUCAACGGGUGGCCGGAGGCGACACUGAACCUCAUCGGCACCCGGUCCUUCACCUCCCCCGCCAUGCCGCGUGACGAGCACCGCCGCUUGCGCAAGCUCACCGCGGCGCCUGUCAAUGGCUCAACCGCGCUCGCCGCCUACUUGGGCUUCAUCGACCACAACGUCACCUCAACCCUCCGCCGCUGGUCUUCUUCCUCGGAGCCGGUGGAGUUCUUGACAGAGCUGCGGAGGAUGACGUUUCUGAUCAUUGUGCGGAUCUUCAUGAGCCGUGCUGCCGAGGACGAAGGCACCAUGGCGGCGCUGGAGCAGAGCUACUCGGAGCUCAACCACGGCAUGCGUGCUAUGGCCAUCAACCUCCCCGGCUUCGCCUACCAUAAGGCCCUCAAGGCUCGCCGAAAGCUGGUGGCAGUGUUGCAGGGCGUCCUCGACGAUCGCCGACGGUGCCCUCGGCAAGCGAGCGUGGACAUGGACAUGAUGGACAGGCUCAUCGAGGUGGAGGACGAAGGAGGGAGGAGGCUGGAGGAUGAGGAGAUCAUCGACAUGCUCGUGCUCUACCUCAACGCCGGCCAUGAGUCCUCUGCCCACAUUACCAUGUGGGCCACCGUCUUCAUGCAGGAGAACUCUCACAUCCUCUCAAAGGCCAAGGCCGAGCAGGAGGAGAUCAUGAAGAACAUACCGCUCACGCAGAAGGGGCUCACUCUAAGGGACUACAAGAAGAUGGAGUACCUCUCACAGGUCAUCGACGAGACUCUGCGAUUCGUCAACAUCUCCUUCGUGACGUUCCGUCAGGCGACUCGAGACGUCUUUGUCAACGGCUAUCUGAUACCCAAGGGCUGGAAGGUUCAGUUGUGGUAUAGGAGCGUGCACAUGGACCCUCAGCUGUACUCUGAGCCCAACAAGUUCAACCCUUCAAGAUGGGAGGGUCCGCCGCCCAAAGUUGGGACGUUUCUUCCAUUCGGGCUCGGCCCGAAGCUCUGCCCCGGAAAUGAUCUUGCGAAGCUAGAGAUCUCCGUCUUCCUCCACCAUUUCCUCCUUGGCUACAAGCUGACAAGGGAAAAUCCAAGCUGUCGGAUAAGGUACCUGCCUCAUCCCAGGCCAGUGGACAACUGCUUGGCCAAGGUCACCAGGGUUUCCUCCAAUGAAUACUGAAAUUCAGUACCCUAGACGGCGGCU